CCUUCCCGUUCCAGCGACGGUGAGAGUUGAGAGAGUGGGGGGAGAGAUGAGCGAGCGAGCGAGCGAAAGAGUCGCCCUGUUGAUGUGAAAUUGCAGACUGGAAUUACGACGAACUUCAAGUCCGCAAACAGACGAAAGUGAGAAGUGGCGCACACAUGAACAGAAGAUUGGGGAUGAAGGACGCCCAGAAGGCAAUGAAAGGUCUGGGUAUUCCCAGUAUGCGUGAUACUAUGCAUCCCUUCAUGCAAUAGCUUGAUUUCCCUUUGCCCAUUUGAUUAAUCAAGGUGCCAUAAUGCAUAGAUGAUAUGUUCAUUACUACUCAUUGCUUCAAUGGAAUCUCAUGGUAAAGAAAUGAAUUCUUCGAGCAGGAUUGGUGAUCGAUCAACCAGCGACGUUGUUGUGAGAUUACGAACGCAGGAUGGCCGGGAUGAUUGGCUUUACUGUCACUCACACAUCCUUAUAGAGAAGAGCAAGUAUUUUGCGGAUCGUCUCUCUGAGGAUUGGCCCACAUGUCAGAUUAUUGAUUCUCGCAGCUGUGUUGAGGUUUACUGCAAUGCAACAGACUUUGACUACCAUGUCACUGUUCUACGCCUCCUUUAUGUAGUUGUUGAUGACUCAUUAGCUGAUAUGUGGCAUGGUGUCAGAAAUGCCCUUAACAUUCUUCUAGUUGCUGUUGAGCUUGGUUGCCGUCAGAUCAUUACUGCCUGUGUAAACUACUUGGAAGCAGUCCCUUGGGAGGAGCCUGAAGAGGAGGAGAUUUUAAGAGUCAUACCGAACAUGGGAUCACAAGUUGAGCCAAUUCUCGCCCGUCUCCAACCUGUGAAUCCAGGUUCUAUAGUGCAAAUUUUUCUCUCAGCCAUCCAAUUUGCCACAUCCUCACCUCCUCCAACCAUGCAUGAUCUAAAAUCCUCAGCUCAAGAGCAACUCGAAUACAUGCUUACUGAAGAUGAUGAUGCCCCUCUGCUAACAGCUGAUGACAAUAUAAAAUCUAAGGUAAAAGAAUGUGUGAGGAAGCUGCUGGAAAGAUUUAACAGUUUAUUAGAAACACUGUUAUGUGAGCCCACAGAAUUCGUUUCUGAGGCAGGCAAAAUGCAAAUAUUUCAGUCUUAUUUAUCCGAUGUGUCGUGGGCUUGUCAGAUAUUGGCUAAAUUGGAAAUAAUGAGAGAAUUUGUUCACAGUUGGUUGGAUGCAUCAGAAAAGGUAUUGAGGGUUGCUGAGCAAGCGAAUCCAAUUGAAAUGCUUGAGGUGAAGUUGAAAGUUGUUGAGGUAGCAGCAAAGGCUUUAGAGGCAAUAGGGUAUGGAACUGUAAUUUUGCCAACGGCCAAAAGGCUUCACAUGGUAAAGAUCUGGCUUCCAUUCAUUAGAAUUAUGAAGCCCUUGAUUGAUUCUGUCUCAGCUAAUGGUGAUGAUGUUUUGGAGCUUAAAAUAGAUGGUGAAGUUUGGCAAUCCUUGGAAUCCUCAUUCGUGUCAAUAAUUCUAGCCUUGCCUUCAGGUGACCAGGCAGAGAUUUUGACUGAGUGGCUGCAAAAUGAACAUAUCCGCUACCCAGACUUGACAGAGGCAUUUGAGGUUUGGUGCUACCGGUCGAAGGUUGCUAAGAGAAGACUGAUAUGUCUGAGUGACAACCAUGGUAUGGCCAACAAGCUAUGACCCCCUCAUGAUAAAUUUUUUCCAGUUAUUUUGCCCUUUUUCCUAAUAUCCGAUUCCCUAUUCAUCGGCAAGAUGCAUGGUUAAAAAUAUUUUUACUACAAGGUUAAUUUUUGUUGUGUGCAUGCCUUUUAUUCUUUCUCUCGUUUUUGAUACAUAUAUAUUUUUGGUCUUUUUUUCUUUUCCACUGGGGGUGUGGAGGGGGCUGGGGGAGGUAGGGCUGUAAAUCAUUGGUCCUUAUUUUAGCUCCUUGUUUCUAGGUCUUCAUUGUAAAUUUUGUUGUAGGCAUUUACAGCCUGAUUCAGUGUAGAUGCUCAACCAUGUACUGAGAUGGAUCAUUAUACCAGAUUACUUCCAUUUUUUAGGCCAA